AUGCCAGACUUUGCCGGACUUGUCCCAGACCUGGCAAGGGUCUGGCAAAAUCUGUCCCAGAUAUUGCCAGACGUUGCCAGAUCUGGGCCAGACGGUACUCAAAUAUAUGAUGCCAAGAGAGGAUCAUUUGUUGACCUGGGCAUACUGGACGUGAUGCAGAUAUUUGGGCGCGCUGGACGUCCCCAGUAUGACAAGUCUGGCCAUGGAACCAUCAUUACAGCUCACGACAAGCUGUCUCACUAUCUAUCCCUGAUGACGAGACAAAACCCCAUAGAAAGCCAGUUCAUUGGAAGCCUGACAGAUAACCUCAAUGCCGAGAUUUCUCUUGGCACUGUCACAAACGUGGAUGAAGCAGUGAAAUGGCUGAGCUAUACCUACCUGUAUGUCAGGAUGAGAUUCAAUCCCCUUGCCUAUGGCAUUACAAUCAAGGCAGCGCAGGAUGACCCUGGUUUGGAGAAACACAGAAGAGAUUUGAUAGUAAAUGCAGCUAAGCAGUUAGACAAGAACAGGAUGAUCCGGUUUGAAGAUGCUACUGGUUAUUUGUUUGCAACUGACCUUGGGCGAACUUCUAGUCACUUCUACAUCAAGUAUGACACUGUAGAGGUUAUAAAUGAGAUGUUGAAGGCUAUCAUGACAGAGGCUGAUGUCCUAACCCUGGUGUCAAAUGCACAGGAAUUUGAGCAAAUCAAGGUUCGUGAUGAAGAAUUAGACGAGUUGGAUUUUCACCACUUGCAGUCCUGUCCUCUGCCUGCAGCGGGAGGCACAGAGAAUACUUACGGCAAAGUGAACAUUCUUCUACAGACCUACAUCUCCAGAGGGAACGUGGACAGUUUCUCCCUGGUGUCAGAUAUGAGCUAUGUAGCACAGAAUGCGGCAAGGAUAAUGAGGGCUCUCUUUGAAGUGGUCCUGCGGAAAGGCUGGCCUAUUAUGGCAGGUCGUAUACUUGCUAUGAGCAAGACCAUAGACAAACGAAUGUGGGGCUGGGAGAACCCCCUACGCCAAUUUUCCAUCUUGACCCCGGAAAUUUUGCAUAAACUGGAAGCCAAGAAGAUACCCAUUGAUAAAUUAAGGGAAAUGGACUCUAAAGAGAUUGGUAUUUUAAUCCACCACCAAAGAAUGGGUCCCGUGGUGAAGAAAUGUGUCUCUCAGUUUCCCACAUUGGGAUUGGACGCCAGUAUUCAACCCAUCACCCGCACAGUUCUCCGUGUGCGUCUGACCAUCACUGCAGAGUUCUCAUGGAGUGACAAGGUCCAUGGGAAGACUGGGGAGCCAUUUUGGAUUUGGGUUGAGGAUCCAGAGACCAACCACAUUUACCAUUCUGAAUACUUUAUGAUGCACAAGAAAAUGGUAGUGACAGAAGAGCCGCAGCAGCUAGUGUUCACCAUUCCAAUCUUUGAGCCUCUGCCCACCCAGUACUAUGUACGUGCAAUAUCAGACAGAUGGAUAGGGUCAGAGUUCACUAGUGCCAUAUCAUUCCAGCAUCUGAUUCUUCCUGAGAGACAUCCUCCACAUACAGACCUGUUAGAUCUGCAGCCUUUGCCAGUCUCUGCACUCAAUGACCCCCAACUAGAACAGAUGUAUUCAUUCAGUCAUUUUAACCCAGUACAGACACAGAUAUUCCACACCCUGUAUCACACAGACUACAAUGUGCUGCUGGGGGCCCCAACAGGCUCUGGGAAGACUGUGGCAGCAGAACUAGCCAUAUUCAGGGUGUUCAGAAUGUACCCAAAUGCCAAGGCAGUCUACAUUGCCCCAUUAAAGGCACUGGUCAGAGAGAGAAUGGAAGAUUGGAAAGUCAGAGUAGAACAAAAACUGGGCAAAAAGGUAGUGGAGCUAACUGGAGAUGUGACUCCGGACAUGCGAGCGGUCAGUAACGCUGACCUGAUUGUGACUACACCAGAGAAAUGGGAUGGCAUCAGCAGAUCCUGGCAGACUCGCAGUUAUGUGAAAGCUGUGGCUCUAUUGGUCAUUGAUGAAAUUCAUCUGUUAGGUGAGGACCGUGGUCCAGUGUUGGAGGUCAUUGUGUCUAGGACAAACUUCAUUUCUUCUCAUACAGAGAAACAAGUGCGGGUGGUAGGUCUCUCUACAGCACUGGCUAAUGCCAGAGAUCUAGCAGACUGGCUUGGAAUUAAACAGGUUGGCUUGUUUAACUUCCGCCCUUCUGUGCGUCCAGUGCCCCUUGAGGUUCAUAUCUCUGGGUUUCCUGGAAAACACUACUGUCCAAGGAUGGCAACCAUGAAUAAACCAACUUAUCAAGCUGUGAAAACCCACUCCCCUGGUAAACCAGCUCUCAUAUUUGUAUCAUCAAGGAGACAAACUCGCUUGACAGCUCUGGAUUUGAUUGCAUAUCUUGCAGCUGAGGAUAACCCCAAGCAAUGGUUGCAUAUGCCAGAAAUGGAGAUGGAGAACAUCAUUGUUGGCAUCAGAGACAGUAACCUAAAGUUGACCCUUGCGUUUGGCAUUGGUCUGCACCAUGCUGGACUGCAUGAAAGAGACCGCAAAGUGGUUGAAGAAUUGUUUGUGAAUCAGAAAAUACAGAUACUGGUAGCUACUAGCACCUUAGCAUGGGGUGUGAAUUUCCCUGCCCAUUUAGUGGUUGUGAAGGGCACAGAAUAUUUUGAUGGAAAAACAAGGCGAUAUGUGGACUUCCCCAUCACUGAUGUGCUUCAGAUGAUGGGUCGAGCAGGCCGACCACAGUUUGAUGACAGUGGGAAGGCUGUCAUAUUGGUCCAUGACAUCAAGAAACACUUCUACAAGAAGUUUCUGUAUGAACCAUUUCCUGUGGAAUCAAGUUUGCUGGAGGUUCUGGCAGACCAUCUAAAUGCAGAGAUAGUGGCAGGGACUAUUUCAUCCAAGCAAGAUUCCAUGGACUACAUUACCUGGACUUACUUCUUCAGAAGACUGGUGAUGAACCCAAGGUGAGUAAGAAUAUACUCAGA